AUGGAUCGCGCUGCAAAGUAAAUCGAGCAGUAACAUUUGACCUUAAUUUAUAUUUAUGUAUUUUAAUACCUUAGUUAUAGCUCCCGAUUUGUGUUUUAUGUGGGUUUGUUUUGUUUUGGGCGUAUAUUGUUUUGUAUUUGUAGCGUUUGGACUCGACUGCGCGUUUGCUCCUAUCGGCUUCCGUAGUACAGAAUGGCUGUAGCUACGUCAUAGAAGCUAACGCUAGCAAGUGCUUUAAAUGCUAAAUGUGAAAUGUCGCUGCAGCAAAUAAAUAAAAUAAGUAAAACAACAUCUUUGUUUGUGAAGGAGGGAUCGAUGGCGGCGGCAGCGGAGGAAAUGUGUGCGAUGUUUGGAAGAAGGAGAGCGUCGAAUGAGGAGGAACUUUCUGGAACAAAUGUCCAGCAGCUAAUUGGUCAUCGAGGACAACAUCCCCUUCAGCCAAAGGGGCGGAGCUCCACUUGGAAGCAGGAAGGUCCACAGCCCCCGCACAUUAAAGCUGAAGAAGAGGGAGAAUGUCUUCUCGAGCCAGGAGAGGAGGAGCUCACCAAGUUGCCACCGACUGGUUUCUCUGUGAAGCCUGACGACAAACCAUCUGAGUCCCCAUGUUGGUUGUGUCCUGAGAACCUUCAGCCACUGACUGGUGGUCCGGAACAACCUCGGGGGCGGGGCUCCUCCUUGCAACAGGAGUAUCCACAGCCCCCCCACAUUAAAGAGGAAGAGGAGGAGAUGUGGAUCUCUCAGGAGGAGGCGGCUCUCACCAAGUUUCCUCUGUCUGUGAAGACUGAAGAGCGUGAAGACGAACCACCUGAGUCCUCAAGGCUUCACCAAGGUCCAGGUGAGGACAAGAAGGGGGCGGAGCAUCCGGGCAGCAGCUCACAGCAACACCGCAUGGCGACAGAAGCUGAUGGAGGAUCACAAGCAGACUUCUUCUUAGCUCCACUGUCAGACGCCGAGGCUGAAGAUGAGGAGGACGCCCACGAAGCUUUGAGCAGCGAUACAGACUGUGGCGACGAUGUGCAACAUUCCGAAUGCUCUGCAAAGAAUCCGGGCGAGGAACAUUGGAACUGCUCAGUUUGUGCCAAAAGAUUUACUCUGAAAAGGAAUCUGACCCGACACAUGUGGACACACUCGGGAGAAAAACCCUUCAGCUGUUCAAUUUGUGGUCAGACCUUCCGUCAUAAGGUGGGAUUGAUAUCCCACAUGAGGACACACUCGGGGGAAAAACCCUUCGGUUGUUCAGUUUGCACGCAAAGAUUCGCUCAAAAGUCCAACAUGAUGUCGCACAUGAGGACGCACACUGGAGAGAAACUGUUCAGUUGCUCCGUGUGUGCCGAUACUUUCGCUCGCAGGUCCAAUCUAAAGCAACACAUGAGGAGACACACGGGAGAAAAACCUUUCGGCUGUUCAUUUUGCGGCCAGAGAUUCGUCCAAAGGUCAAAUAUGGUUGCUCACAUGAGAAAACACACGGGAGAAAAAAGCUUCAGAUGCUCAGUUUGCGGGAAGAGAUUUGGUGAAAAAGUGGACAUGGUGUCGCACAGAAGGACUCACGCGGGAGAAAAGUCCUUCUGCUGUCCGGUUUGUGGCAAAAUCUUUUCUUACAAGCACUACUUGAAUCAGCACAUGUGGAAACACACGGGAGAGAAAUCCUUCUCUUGUUCACUUUGCGAUCAAAGGUUCGCCCACAAGUCCAAUAUGUUGUCGCACAUAAAAACGCACUCGGGCCAAAAACCUUUCAGCUGCUCGGUUUGCGGCGACAAGUUCACCCGGAAGUCCAAUCUGGAGCGACACAUGAGGACGCACACGGGGGAGAAACCUUUCAGCUGUUCAGUUUGCGCCAAAAGGUUCACGCAGAAAGUAGACUUGGUGUCACACCUCAGGACGCACACGGGAGAGAAACCCCUCAGAUGCUCCGUCUGCGGUAAAAGAUUCACUGACAGCGCAGCCAUGGAGUCGCACGUGCGAACGCACACGGGAGAAAAAACUUUUCAUUGUUCGGCCUGUAGUAAAAGUUAUUUACAUAAGAAAAGUUUGACGGCACACAUGCGGACACACGAUAAAGGUUUGCUGUCCAAAAUAUCAUCAUAUCAUAAAAGUAAGACGUCAGCGAGCAAGUGAUGACCCACUCUGGUGUUACCCGCAUUAUUUUUAUUGCUAUAAUACUCAGAUAUUUAUUAGUCUGAUUAUUAGUCAGCAACAUAAAUUCAAAACAGUUAUGGAUAGAUUUUGAUGAAACUUCAAGGAUGAAGACGCUAACCUAUGCACUCGCAUGAGUGAUUAAUAAUAAUGAUGUCAUCAUGGUAGACCAGCCUGCAGGGAAAGUGGAAGAGAAUGUGUCUGCGUUUGACACACACGUCAACUUUAGCUUUCAGUUUCGGUUCCUGCCAAUGCAGACACCUAAUGGACAAAAGCCUGAGGGACGGGCAACCAUUUUAGAAAUGAAUCCAAACUUUGGAUGGAUUAGCUCACUCGCUCCAGAGUCGGUGUUUCUAUCGUUUGCACUUAGAAUCAAUUGUUAAACUUCAGGCGACUUGGAUGCUGCUUUUUUGUUGACACCUAGUGGGCAACAUUAGUUUUUAGCUCAAUGACCUUUAAUUGCAUACUUUGUGGGACCACACACAGCAUUUACUCAUAUGACCCAAUGCAAACAACCUUCCCUAGUCAUGGUGCAAUAAUAAAAAAAAAAAUGCAACCGGCACAAAAUGUCAACAGACAUGGUUACUGAACUUUGUGAAUAUUAUUACAAAAAUGUCCAAUUGCCAAAAUUUUUUUUCAAAAUUAAACCCAUUUAAAUCCAUUACAAAGCCUGAUGGGAAAAAAAUCCAUGUUUGACGCAUUUUAUAUUUUUAUUGAAUAUCAAACUUUAGGAAGUUCAUUACGAAGGUCAACA